UUUCUGACAAAUUUAGCUGCGCUUUUUGUCUCUCUCUCCUUCUCUCUCUCUGCACACACAAGACUGUUGUGGCUGCACAUUCUGUCUCUCUCACUCUUUGAUCUAUAAAGCAUCCACCCCUCUCCCCUCUCCCCAAACCUCUACUCCUCUUCUACCGAAAUACACAUUUUCCUCACGUUAAACAGACCCGACCCGUAUACAAAAUGGACCAGCUUCAGUCCAUGUUCCGGCCGCCGGAGACGCCGAGGGAGCCCAUGGAAUUUCUGUCACGUUCUUGGAGCGUCUCUGCUCUUGAAAUCUCCAAAGCUCUAGCUCCUCCUCUUCCUCCUCCUCCUCAGCUUCUCGGUAAGAGCUUUGCCGGAAGCACUUCCUCCGCCGGCGGGGGAGGUGGAGCCACCAUCCCGGAGGACAUCAUCGGCGAGUUCGAAGAUGUCGCCGCCACUGUUUCCGGCAACCCUUUUUCCUUCGCUUCCUCCGAGACUUCUCAGCUUAUCAUGGAAUGCAUUAUGUCUCAGUCUGAUGUAUCACCACGCACAUCUGGCCGGCUCUCUCACAGCAGUGGGCCUCUCACUGACAGCCCACCCGUCUCCCCUUCCGAAAUGGAUGACUCAAAGUUUUGUCGCAUAAGCAACCCGCCAGUGAACAACCAAUACAAGGGCGGCAGUGCUACGGUGGCUGUAGCUGCAACUGGGGGUGGGAAGACGGUAGGGAGGUGGUUGAAGGACAGGAAGGAGAAGAAGAAAGAGGAGACGAGGGCCCACAAUGCACAAUUACACGCAGCCAUUUCGGUUGCUGGUGUUGCGGCUGCUGUGGCUGCUAUGGCUGCCGCCACUGCUGCCUCGUCGGGAGCGGGCAAAGACGAGCACGUGGCUAAAACUAAUAUGGCUGUAGCCUCUGCCGCCACCCUCGUGGCGGCUCAGUGCGUUGAAGCGGCUGAAUCGAUGGGAGCUGAGCGGGAGCACCUGGCAUCCGUGGUUAGUUCAGCUGUAAAUGUUCGAUCACCCGGGGAUAUCAUGACACUCACUGCUGCUGCAGCUACAGCUCUUCGAGGUGCGGCUACACUAAAGGCUCGAGCACUAAAGGAAGUGUGGAAUAUAGCUGCGGUAAUUCCAGUCGAUAAAAGAACCGGUGGUAGCAAUGGGAGCAAUGGUAGUAAUGGCAGUUCAAGUGGCGAGCUUGCGCCUGAAGAGAACUUUCUCGGGAUUUGCAGCCGGGAAUUGCUUUCCAGAGGUUCUGAGCUACUAAAGCGCACUCGUAAAGGUGAUCUUCAUUGGAAGAUAGUAUCUGUGUAUAUCAACAGAAUGGGUCAGGUGAUGCUAAAAAUGAAGAGCAGACAUGUCGCUGGGACCAUAACGAAAAAGAAAAAGAAUGUGGUGAUAGAGGUCAUGAAAAACCUCCCGGCCUGGCCGGGGCGGCACCUGGUGGAGGGCGGUGACAACUUCCGGUACUUCGCUCUGAAGACCGUCACGCGGGGAGUAGUCGAAUUCGAGUGCCGGGAUCAAAGGGAGCACGACGUUUGGACUCAAGGCGUGUCGAGGCUGUUGGCAAUUGCAGCAGAGAGGAACAACAACAACAACAACAACAACAGGAACAACGUAUAUUGAACAAUCAAAAAUACUACUUAGAUGAUUAUGGUAUUAGCAGAAUUAACAUAAUAUUGAAAAUUGGGUUGGGGUUGUUUUCUACUUUUGAUUUCCAGGUGUUGUUAAUGUAUAAAGGGAUGUAAGGUUUAUCACAAAAGGGUCAGCUUUGCUUUGGAGAUUGUAGUUUUUGGCUUUUGUUUUUGUUUUUUUGAUCUGCUAAAGUAAAGUGAAGAUCCUAAGUAAAGCAAGAAAACCAUGUGAAGUAUGUCUGUGUUUUUAAUAUUUGUGGUGUAAGAAAAGGAGGAUCUUGGACUGACUGCUUCAGUCAAAAAGAAGGCUAAGGAUCCUGUUCUUGCUGGCUGGCUAUAAUAUUCUUGAAGAUAAAGACAUGCACUUAAUCA